UCCGUCUCCGGAGAUGUUCCAUGUUAUGAAGGUAAAUAAAGUCUUCUUAGUUUUUAUAUAUGAUAUGUGUUGCAAGUUUAUUAGCAUGGAUCAUUAGCUGGUUGCUUAUUGUCACCAAGUGAUACAAAAGGUUAGGUUCAGAGCAAAAGGUUUGCAAAAUGGUAGAAGAGGUGGUGGUUCAAAUCCUAUCGAGGCUACCUCCCAAAUCUUUGAUGCGAUUUAAAUGCGUCCGUAAGUCAUGGUGUGCACUGGUCAAUAAUCCAGGAUUCAUAUCCCAGCAUCUCCACUUGUACAACAAAUUUGCCUCCACUCCCAUUCUUAUCAAGCGUACGGUCAUUAGCCGGACCGAAAGUACCAGCGAGGAAGUUGUGUUUUCACUCCUCAAUCUUCAUAAUGAUGAUUAUAACUGUCAUCUUGAGGCUAACUGUCAUUCUAUUGUUGAGGACAUCAAUUUUCCAGCUUCUAUGGGUCUAAAAACGAGGGGCCAAUUUAUUGAGUUUCCUAUGCCUCGUCCUCGUUCGUUUGAUGAAGCUGUAUAUGUUAUAGGUCAUUGUGAUGGGAUCAUUUGUCUUUUAGUUUUAUAUAUUAGCACUAGCGUUAUCUUAUGCAAUCCAGCAAUCAAGGAGUUUAGGCUUGUUAAAGAUGUAGAUGUAAUCUCAUUUCAUGUCGGAUUUGGCUAUGAUCCCAAAUCCAAAGAUUACAUACUUGUUAAUGUUAUGUCGACUGGAGAGAAAGUAUAUGAUAACGAGCGUCUCGUUAUUCAUCCUCCUAGGGCAAAAUUAUACACCUUGGGAACCGGUUCUUGGAGAGAGAUCAAUACAAAUUAUUUGGAAACAGAAACUACCAACUUUUGGCCUAGUCUUUUCCAGUUCUACUUUAAAGGAAUUUUCUAUUGGUUGGGAAAUGAGCAAAGGAAGGAACUCGUCUCUGAGUUUGACAGGGAUGAUGAGGAUAACAAUAGACUAGUAAUCCUUUUCUAUGAUACAGGUGAUGAGCUUUUUCAUAGUUUAUUGCUUCCAGAUGGUUUCUAUGACCCAAAUGAGGGUCUUUAUACUAUGCGUCUUGCAUUGUUGAAUGAAUCCAUCGCUCUUUAUGGCUUUCACUGCAUUGGUAACUGUCCUGAACCAUUCGAAAUUUGGAUAAUGGUUGACUUUGAUGGUACCGACUGUUCUUGGACAAAACAGUUAGCAGUUGUGCCCACCGUGGAACUUUAUAUGCCAGGGGCAGUUUGGAAGAACAAUGCUAUUCUAAUUAAUAGAGAAGGGCGAGUAGUUUCCUACAAUUUUGAUGAGGAGAAACUUAGGUAUAACCCGAUCCAUGGUGUGCUUCGAGCAGAUUUUCAAGCUGCAGUUUGUGUGCAUAGUAUAGUUUCAGUCAAGGGACAACCAACCUGAAAGAAAAU